CUGACAACAUGGCUGUUCUAAUAUACUAAUCGGUGAAUGGCGCGAUCUAAGAAAUCAGACGAGAAUUGGCACCUUAUACCAGAACAUGAGAUGUACUUCCUGAUGCUGUCAUCACAGGAAAGUUGAAUUCAAAAGCACUAAUGGCUAGUCUACAUCAGGAAGAAAGUGAGUGGGUUGGGGAUGCCAAAUACAGAGCUUAUGUUGCAGCUGUGGAAAAGGCUUUACGCAAUUUUGAAUAUUCUAGUGAAUGGGCAGAUUUAAUAGCGGCUCUUGGCAAACUGAAUAAGGUUCUGCAAGCCAAUUCCAAGUAUCCUGUUAUCCCAAAACGUUUAUUGAUUGGAAAACGUCUGGCACAAUGCACACAUCCAGCUUUACCGAGCGGCGUCCACCUGAAAGCUUUGGAAACAUAUGAUAUCAUUUUUAAUAACAUUGGGUCUAAGCGAUUGGCACAGGACUUAUUCUUGUAUAGUGCUGGGAUAUUUCCACUUCUCCAUAAUGCUGCAAUGUCUGUUCGACCAGUUUUAUUAAAUCUGUAUGAAGAACAUUACAUGCCACUAGGUGAGCAGUUAAAACCCGGAUUAAAUGGAUUAUUACUGGGAAUUCUUCCAGGAUUGGAAGAAGGAUCGGAACACUAUGAAAGAACAAACAGUUUACUAGAGCAGAUAUGUGCAGCAACGGACCGUAUGGCAUUUCACACUGCAUUAUGGGAAUGUAUUUUGUCUAGUCCAAUGGCUAGAUUGCCGGCCAUAACGUUUAUUCUGUCUUAUGUCAGUAAACAUGUACCCAUAGAAGGACAGUUGUAUUUUAUGGGUAGUGAUGCAGGUAAAAUG